GUAAAAAGGUGAUGGUGGAUAGAGGUUGUUUUAUUAGAAGGCCCAUUGGGCUUAUUGUUCUGUAGAGCCUUUACGGUAGUUCCGGUUUACUUGGGCAGGACUUUAACCGAUUAGGUCCGUAAAAUUGAAAUCCGAUCCAUAUCAACCCGGUCGGUUUACAUUUUUUUUUGUUUGUUGUUUUUUUUUGCCAGCACUCUCCAAUUUCUUCCAUGCUCCGUUUAUGGAUCUGUGAGAUCCAUCUUCUUCCUCUCGUCGUGCGAUUCUCCUUUUGCAACAAAUGUGUCUAUGAUCUCUGUAUAUGAACGGAACCUCUAAUUUCCUCUCCUCGGAAUCAGAUCCAUUGUAGAGAGAGAGAGAUACAGAGAAGGAUUAGAGUUUCAUCUUAGGAGAGGAAAAAAGGAGCUAAAGAUGUAUAUGGCGUAUGGAUGGCCACAGGUGAUCCCGCUAGAAGCGGGAUCGUGUCCGUCUUCGCAGCGAAUCGUGUACCUUAAGCUCGCCGGCCGGCAAUUGCUGGUUGUUUCUCCGUCUCACUUGGAGCUUUGGGGUUCUUCUCAGCAACGAGUAAGGCUGGGAAAGUACAUGCGAGAUGAGAAGUCGGUUCGAGAAGAAGGAGAGAAUUUGCAAGCUGUGUGGAGUCCAGACUCCAAAUUGAUCGCUGUUCUUACAUCAUCAUUCUUCCUUCAUAUAUAUAAGAUUAAGUUUAUGGAUAAACGAAUAAAAACUGGAGAGAGACAGCCCUCGGAGCUUUCUUUUGCCACCAUAUCUCUUUUGCUAAGCGAGCAGGUCCCUUUUGCUGGGGAGGACUUGUCUGUGAGCAAUUUUGUGAGGGACAGCAAAACUAUGCUUUUGGGACUCUCUGAUGGAUGUUUAUAUAGUAUUUCCUGGAAAGGAGAGUUUGGUGGAGCUUUCAGUAUUGGUUCCCAUCCUUCUGAUAGCAACAAUGAUAGACUCUUGCCGUACACUCUCGGUAAUGGUAUAGUUUCUGGAGUAGCUUCAGCAACACUUGCGUCUGAUGUUAAAAUCUCAACAAAAUCAGCUAUCGUUCAGCUGGAACUCUGCACUCGUUCGAAGUUGUUGUUUGUGUUAAAUUCUGAUGGACAGCUAGUGGUAUGCUCUGUGAAUAAGAAAGGUUUGAAGUACACUGAGAGUAUUAAAGCUGAGAAGAAGUUAGGUAGUGAUGCUGUUUGUGCAUCAGUGGCUUCAGAGCAACAAAUUCUUGCUGUGGGCACAAGAAAAGGACUGGUGGAAUUAUACGAUCUUUCACAAUCGAUGUCCCUCUUACGUACAGUUUCUUUGCAUGACUGGGGGUAUUCAGCGGAUUACACUGGGCCUGUCAAUAGCAUUGCAUGGACGCCUGAUAAUUCUGCUUUUGCAGUUGGGUGGAAGUUGAGAGGACUUGCAGUUUGGUCUGUUUCUGGAUGUCGAUUGAUGUCAACAGUCCGCCAAAUUGGACUUAGUUCUGCAUCUUCCCCCAAAAUUAACCAAGAUUGUAAAUAUGAACCGCUGAUGAAUGGUACAUCAGCCAUCCAGUGGGAUGAAUAUGGGUAUAAACUCUUUGCGACAGAGGAGGCAUCUUGUGAUAGAAUUCUUGCAUUUUCGUUUGGGAAGUGUUGCUUAAACAGAGGAGUUUCCGGAAAAACUUAUGUUCGUCAGGUGAUGUAUGGUGAUGAUAGAUUGCUCAUGGUUCAGGCGGAGGACACUGACGAGCUUAAGCUUUUACAUCUAAAACUUCCAGUUGAGUAUCAAUACAUAUCCAUUAUCCCCUUUUGCUCCUUCGCUGUAUCACUUCCUGAAGUAGAUUUGUUAUAUGUUGCUUUCUUGGUCCAGGUUUCAUAUAUUACCCAGAAUUGGCCUGUUCAGCAUGUGGCAGCUAGUGAGGAUGGGAAAUACUUAGCGGUUGCUGGUUUACAUGGUCUUAUUUUGUACGACAUUAGAUUUAAGAAAUGGAGAGUAUUCGGAGAUGUCAGUCAGGAACAACAAAUUCAUUGCAAGGGUUUAUUAUGGUUGGGGAAGAUUGUCGUAAUCUGUAACUACAUCGAAACUUCUGACACAUAUGAACUGCUCUUCUACCCAAGAUACCACCUUGAUCAGAGCUCUUUACUUUGUCGUAAAGUACUGCUUGGCAAACCAUUGGUGAUGGAUGUUUACCAGGAUUACAUUCUUGUAUCUUAUCUUCCGUUUAUCAUCCACAUAUACCAUGCGAAAAUAUUUGGUGAAUUGACACCUUCAAGCAAAGCAGAGCUACAGCUUUCCACAGUACGAGAAUUGUCAAUCAUGACUGCAAAGAGCCAUCCAGCAGCAAUGCGAUUUGUUCCUGACCAGAACCCGAGAGAAUCUGACUUGGAUAAUGAUAAUUUGUCUUCUGAUUUGUCAGACAGAGAACCCUCAAGAUGUCUUAUACUGCGGGGAAAUGGCGAGCUUUCACUUCUUGAUAUGGUUGAUGGACGAGAGAGGGAACUUACAGACUCAGUGGAACUGUUUUGGGUGACAUGUGGUCAAUCAGAGGAGAAGACAAAUCUCGUCGAGGAAGUAUCUUGGCUAGAUUAUGGGCAUCGAGGAAUGCAGGAAAGGGAUGAUCCUUUUAUGCAAGAGGAUUUCUUGCAGUUGGAUCCGGAGUUGGAAUUUGAUCGCGAGGUGUAUCCCCUGGGACUUCUACCAAACGUGGGUGUCGUUGUUGGAGUUUCUCAGAGAAUGUCUUUUUCUGCAAGCGCAGAGUUUCCGUGUUUUGAGCCUACACCCCAGUCUCAGACUAUACUUCAUUGCCUGCUCCGCCACCUCCUUCAGAGAGAUAAAAAUGAAGAAGCAUUACUCUUAGCACAAUUAUCUGCAGAGAAGCCUCACUUCUCCCAUUGCCUGGAGUGGCUUCUUUUUACUGUUUUUGAUGCGGAAAUUUCUAGGCCAAAUUCAAACAGGAAGCAGAUUUCAGAACCAGGACAUCUUAAAAAGUUAUCCCUUUUGAGAAAAGCCUGUGAUUUGAUAAAACAUUUCCCGGAGUACUAUGAUGUGGUUGUGAAUGUAGCCAGAAAAACCGAUGCCCGUCACUGGGCUGAUUUAUUUUCUGCUGCUGGGAUAUCAACAACAUUAUUUGAGGACUGCUUCCAGCGAAGAUGGUAUCGAACUGCAGCUUGCUAUAUACUUGUGAUUGCUAAACUAGAAGGUGCUGCUGUCAGUCAGUAUUGCGCAUUACGACUAUUGCAGGCGACACUUGAUGAGUCCCUCUAUGAUCUUGCUGGAGAGCUAGUGAGGUUCUUGCUAAGAUCUGGAAGAGAAAUUGAGCAGGCGCCAACAGAAUCAGAUACAUUAUCGCCUAAGCUUCUCGGGUUUCUUAUCUUCGGUUCCAGCCACAAGAAGUCACCACUGGAUAAAAGCAGCUCCUCGUUCAAAGAGCAAAGUCCCCAUAUUGCUUCCGUCAAGAGCAUACUUGAAAGUCAUGCCAGUUACUUGAUGUCGGGUAAAGAACUUUCAAAGCUUGUUGCCUUCGUCAAAGGCACCCAGUUUGAUAUUGUGGAUUUUCUUCAAAGAGAAAGAUACGGUUGUGCUCAGCUGGAGAAUUUCGCCGCAGGACUUGAACUGAUUGGGCAAAAGCUGCAAAUGAGUGAGCUUCAGAACCGGCUAGACGCAGAGUUUCUAUUGGCUCAGAUGUGUUCAGUCAAGUUCAAAGAAUGGAUAGUUGUUCUUGCCACUCUUUUACAACGGUCCGAGGUUCUUUAUGAUAUUUUCCGGUAUGAUCUACGGUUGUGGAAAGCAUACAGCAUGACAUUACAGUCUCACUCGGGUUUCGCUCAGUACCAUGACUUACUCCAGGUCUUGGAGGAGAAGCUCUCAGCGAUCGCACGAGAAGAAAGCGUUAGAGGUUCCAUCUCUUGAUAAUUUUCUUUUCUUUUUUGAGAUUUUUCAUAUCAAACAUUUUCUGCCUCUCUUUGAGAUUCUUCACGUUCGUGUAGAUAUAUAAACAUAAUGUCGAAAGAAAUAAGAAACACUUCCCCUCACAUGUAAUUUUACUAUUUAUAUUUAGCUAUUUUGCUCACAAGAUCAAGAAUAAAAAAAGGUAAAAAGUAUUUGAAAUUACUAGCAUUCAUGUUUUGACAUAUAAAUCGGAAAAAAAAA